UAGGGAAGGACCGGUCCCCCAGUGACACAAGUGCGAAUAAAUCGCCUAACUUCAUUUAGUCAUCAUGGUUUAUAGGUGAAAUGAACUUGCCUUUAAGAGUGGACAUCGGAUCCUCAUGCUCUGCUGUUCUACUGUCACAAGUGAGAGGAAAUGGCAGGAAGAUGUCACCGCUUACUCUCCACAGUAAGACUGCACUGUCUCCGCACCCUUUCCUGCUCCCUUCAUACUCCAGUACCCAGUCCGAGCCAGCCGCAUACCCCAGUGUUUUAUAAGGCUCCAGCCUAUGGUAACAGAACAGCAUUGGUCGAUCAACAUGGACCUCACAGUUACCAGGAUUUAUAUUGCAGAAGCUUCGCUCUGUCUAAAGAAAUUGCUUGUGUCCUGGGUAACCCUAGAAAUGACUUUCCCCCAGAAAGAGUGGCUUUCCUUUGCCCAAAUGACUCCUCCUAUGUGGUGUGUCAGUGGGCGGCAUGGAUGAACGGUGCCAUUGCCGUCCCGCUUUAUAAAAAUCACCCACCCCUUGAGCUGGAGUACAUUUUGAAGGAUUCGCAGAGUGCAGUGGUUCUUGCGGAGGCGACAUACGCAGGUGUAAUUGCACCUUUAGCGGACAAGUUGGGGAUAGAAAACCUUACGGUGCCUGAUUUUCCACAAAACAGCCCUACAGAAGACAUUUUCAAUGUAGAAGACCAUCAUUUAAACCUGGAUUGGAAAGAAAGGGGGGCCAUGAUUAUUUAUACCAGUGGAACUACUGGAAGACCAAAAGGUGUCCUCAGCACCCACCAAAACCUGAGUGCAAUGGUAACCGCUCUGAUCGAUGAAUGGUCGUGGACUAAAUCGGAUUGUAUUUUGCACGUUCUGCCGCUUCAUCAUGUGCACGGAGUGGUCAACAAAUUGCUCUGUCCUCUUUGGGUGGGGGCGACUUGUGUCAUGCUCCCUGAAUUCUCUCCAAAGGAGGUCUGGGAGCACUUUCUAAGCACGGACUCGCGCUCUAUCAACGUCUUUAUGGCCGUACCCACCAUCUACAGCAAACUGAUUGAUUACUAUGAGAGUCACCUGGCUAAGCCAGGCAUUAAGGACUUUGUGAAGGCAAUGUGCCAGCAGAAGAUCAGGUUGAUGGUGUCUGGGUCGUCGGCUCUCCCUGUUCCGACUUUAGAGCGAUGGAGAGAUAUCACUGGUCACACUCUUCUGGAGAGAUACGGCAUGACUGAAAUUGGCAUGGCACUUACAAACCCACUCAAUGGACCGCGUGUGCCAGGUUCAGUGGGUAACCCUUUUCCAGGCGUAGAUGUCCGUAUAGCCACUGAGAUCCCUCAGAAAGAAGAAAGCUCCUAUACUGUCCACGCUGAAGGAGGUGCCGCUGGCACAGAGGUCUUCCCGGGUUUUGAGGACAGAGAAGGAGAACUGCAGGUACGGGGUCCGGCUGUGUUCAACGAGUACUGGAACAAACCUCAAGAGACCAGAGAGGCUUUCACUCCAGAUGGCUGGUUCAGAACAGGUGACACGGCCGUCUAUAAGGAUAAUUCUUACUGGAUUCUUGGCCGAACCUCCGUAGACAUCAUAAAGAGUGGAGGGUAUAAGAUCAGCGCCUUAGAAGUAGAACGCCACCUCUUGGCUCAUCCUAGCAUUGCAGAUGUGGCUGUGAUCGGAGCUCCAGAUUCAACAUGGGGGCAGCGUGUAUCAGCCAUUGUGAAACUACGGGAUGGGCAUACACUGUCCUUGAAGAAACUGAAGGAAUGGGGAAGGGCAGUCAUGGCCCCGUACUGCAUUCCUGCCGAGCUCAUCCGGGUGGAAGAAAUUCCCCGAAACCAGAUGGGAAAAAUCAAUAAAAAACAACUGCUGGCUCUCUUCUAUCCACAGUGAGAAGGGAGGGGGGAUCAGAAUAUACCCGCCUGAACACACAGCGCACGCAUCAAGUCUAUCUGUCACACACUGAUCACAUCAAGGAAAGUAUACAUGGGUCUACAAAGAAUACUGUAAAGACAGUAUACAGAUGGAGCAGAGCUGAACUUGCAAUUCCACCACCUGCGCGGCGAUAAUAUAAAACCAUAGGCUUCUCCGCAAUCCUUUGGAAACACCACUGGGAACAUAUCAAGAUAUCACCAAGAGCUGCGCCAAGUGACAGACUCAGCUCUGCUUUAUCUGUACCUCCCAGACAAGAUAUUGAGUGCUGUACUUGUUCUCUUCUCUCAAGGAGCUGUGCUCUGCCACAUUGCACUAUCUUACUACUAUGCUAGAUAGAGCAGAUAUAAAACAAAGGCUGGAAUGUCCCACUCAUCGGAAUUUCAGAAAUCCGAAAAUUGCACAUUCUGCCGACACUAAUCUAUUUACAUGUAUGGAACAGAUCAAUUUCUGCAUUCAGUCUGCCGCACAUGAGCUUACCAUCUGUUUUUUUUUUUUUUUCUUUGACCCAAAUCACAGUAUUGGAUCUCCGUUAUAAUCACUGCGUGAAUGUGACCUUUUAGGGGUUUGCACUGAUUGCAAAUUGAAUUCAAGUAGUCUAUAAAAAAAUUUAAUUCCUGGAAACCCAUCUUUUAUUUGAAA